AUGUUGUUGUUUUUUUUGGCUUUUUUGUUUAAACUUGAAAGGAAAUGCGCAGAGUGGAGAUAAAAGCCUGCUUCUGCGUUAUGCCAAGUCUCAUUUUGAUGUAUUUAUCACAUUCUGUAUUAUAAGUUUUUUUUAUUUUUUAAUCUGACAACGUGAAUGAAGCUGGUAAUGCAGCAGCAGCCAAGACGUUAGGCCUAAAAUUAAACUGAAUGACUCGAUGCGUCAUCCAGUAAAUCAGUGGAUUAAAACGUUCCCACGUGCCUUAUUCCCAGUUAGAGAAGGAAACACUGGCUGCUCGUCUGGCUCAGUCUCGAUUAAAGUGAACCCAGUGUCACAUUUUACGAAAUGAGCUUCAUUAGAGAUUAAUUUCAUUCUUCAGAUCUCACCGUAUCUGACUGAAAGCGUCAUGCAGGCGCCAUAAAAAUUCAUUACAAACUCUCGCGCUCAGAUUGUUGUACAUAUUUGAACUGAAUUACAUUGUUAGAACAUUGAUUUUUGUGUGUGUGUGCUUGAAAAAGUACAUUCUGCUCGUCCUGGUUAUUUUCUAAAGCAACGGGCUAAUUUAAAAGAUGAUCAGCCUUGAUUCGUCUGUGAGGAUGUUUUCAGGAGGGGCUGGCAGUGGUCGCCAUGGUGGUUUAGUUAAUGGCUGACGGGGAGCUGGUAAACUUUUGCACCCUUUGAGCUGUCACCAGGACCUAAAAUAAUUGAACUUUUUGAUAAGUUUGUAAAUGAUUUUGUUUGACCUCCGUGGCCUCUCGCCUCAUCCUUCGGUCAUUGGUGAUAAACUCCUCUGUAUGAGCCAGCAAGUUAUCUGUUGGUGAGGUUAUUGCGCUUAUUUCUUUGGUUAUGAGGUGACAGCUGGCAAAGGUGAGCGCUGUUCAUAUUAUUUAAAGAAGGCGUUUUACCCUCUUUUUUUUUUGGUGAACUUGGAUUGACCUGAUGCACAGAAACCUGGCCUGACCCGAGAUAGAUGGCUGAUAUUUUCGUUCCUGAAACUGACAGCAAGGCCCUGGGCAGCUGUGGGCUUACAGUUUUCUCCUCGGGGAAGCAGACUGACAGGAACUUUUGAAGCGGUGUGACGAGUUUUUGUGUCUUUUAAAACCCACCACAUAAAGGCCAAAUAAUCCUCUGGGCUCAAGGAGAAGCUUGUACAGGAGUUAAUAGGUAAACAAUCAGAACAAAAAGCGGACAGUGGACAGAAUAAGACGCUCUGAUGUUAUUAUUACAGGAGCUCUUCUGGGUGCGUUUUGGCCCGUGUGGUUGUGAUGCGCGCCUCGUUAUGUAACCACGUCCCUCUGAUGUUUCUGUUUAUCCUGACUGUGGGCCACUUUGUGUACAUUUUGUUUGACUGAAGUGCUCUGCAAAUCAAGCGCUGCGGUUAUGGGGGCUAAAAGUGGGCAGUGUCGCUUGCCGUCGUCUAUAUAUACCCUGUAGAACCGAAUUUGUGUGAUUAAAUCACAGUCACAGAUUCGAUUCUAGGGGAGUAUAUGGUCGAUGAAAAAACUUCGAUUUAUUGGCUUAUCGCGAUCAGGUGCCUGGCGUGCUGUCAGCUGCUUACAGAGCUGAUGUAUGAGUGACAUGACAACACAAAAAUAGUUCAUAAGAAGGUCUCAGGGGCCAUGUUGAAACUCUGCAGGCUUAAAAGGAAUCUGAAGAAGCUAUCAUGGAUGGAAAUAAACAGAAUUAUGAAGGAGUUUGCAUUUCUGCUCAGAUCAGUGUUAUUGGGAUGAAAUGCCAGCGUGUAUUCAGCGAAAGAAACGAAGCCACAGCACACUCCAGCUGUAGCUUUUUCCCCUCCUGUGAGUCGUUUGUGUGUCUACAUUAUUGAUUCCCAGAGGCUGCUGCUGCUGCUGCUGGCCAAUGGGCUCCUGAGACAGUGGGGUUUUUUUUUUCAAAGGGAUGGGAGCAGAUGAAGUGAUGAGAUUCGUGUAACUUUUGGAUGACCCCUUCUUGACAAAGACAGUCUCCAUCAAUUGUCCUCAGUCAUUAUUCGCUGCUUUUAUGCCAUGGGGCUUUUUGUACCUUUUGUUGGUUUCUCUGUUCAACACCAUGCCUUCAAGUUAGACCUUAGCAACUGAUUUAUUUUUUAUUUUUGCUUGCAUAAAACACUCAAAGCACAGGCAGGUUUCUUAUUUCACGUGUUCAUUUGUUUUUAUGAUUCCAAAUAUUGAAGUAAAUUGCAGUUUUGUGUAUUUUUCUUAUGUUUUUAGCAUUUUUUUUUUAAUUGUCCAAAUGUGCACAAAGAUGUUUGAGGACCACAUUUAUUUGUUUGUUUUCCACCAGGGUCUAAUUUUGGUUUAUCUUAAGUUUGAAGAAAUUGCUUUUAGUUGUAUGUUUACCCGUUUAUGGACCAGCAUCACCUCUAUUGGCCGAUCUGGUCACAUGGUUCGCUAACUUUAUUCAGUUGACACCAAGUAGGAGGGCUUUAUGGAGGGAGGAAAAAAAGACAACUCGAGAAAAAUUAGUAUUUUCUACCUUCAGAAAUUAAUGGCCAUGAGUUCGUAUAUGGUGAACUCUAAGUAUGUGGAUCCUAAAUUUCCUCCCUGCGAGGAAUAUUCACAAAAUAACUAUAUACCUGAGCAGGGCUCGGACUACUACAGUCCAUCGCAGGACACAGACUUUCAGCAUCCAGGGAUCUACCCACGGUCAAACUACACGGAGCAGCCCUUCGGCUGCGACGCUGUGCAGGACUCCUCAGUGCAGCCACGGGGUCAUGUGCACGAGAGAUCCAGCCACUCGAGCCCUUUUAGCGCACAGACUGAGCAGGGCCCCCCGGUCCAAGUGGCCGGACCACGGACUUGUGGACAGCAGCAAAACACAAAAAGCCAAAAUGGGAUACAAGCUAAGCAGCCUGCAGUAGUUUACCCCUGGAUGAAGAAAGUCCACGUAACUACUGUGAACCCGGAUUACACAGGACCUGAGCCCAAACGAUCCAGAACAGCUUACACCCGGCAGCAGGUUUUGGAGCUUGAAAAGGAGUUUCAUUUUAACAGGUAUCUGACCAGGCGGCGGCGGAUUGAGAUUGCCCACACUCUUUGUCUCUCCGAAAGGCAAAUCAAAAUCUGGUUUCAAAACAGACGGAUGAAAUGGAAGAAAGAUCACAAACUACCCAACACCAAGGGCAGAUCAGCACCAGCCUCCAGCCAUCUGCAAAGCAUUCAGAAGGAUAACCAGACUGAUAUCACAUCUUUAUAAGAGACGAAGGUGUCCCACCUUUAGAGAUGAACUGUACAUAAAAAAGACAAAGAUUGCAUCUGUCUUUUGCAUGGACUGAUGUCGUUUUUAGCCAUUUUUUUAAAAAUAUAUAAUUUAACAAAAAUGACCCCAGCAGUGUUGACUUAAGACUGAGUCAGAAAAUCAACCAGUCUUGAGGUUUGAGAAGUUUUGAGACUCUUCGUUGUUUUAAUUUCCUCAAAGAGACUCAAACACAUCGAACCAGUUCUCGUGUUGAUUUGAAUUUUAUUUUAUUUUAUUUUUUGUUUUGUUUUUUGUUUUGUUGUUGUUUUUUGUUUUUUUUGGGAAGGGAGGGGGGACGUUUCCCCCACUGAGGACAUUUAAUGAACAACCUCGGCUGAUUUCAUGGGUUUAAACAAAGUGUUUCUGCUCUUCUCACUUGGAUUCACGCUGGCUGAAAGAUUUAAUUGCUUCAUUCAGAACAGGGAAGUCCUUAUUACACACACACACAAACACACACACACACACACGUUAUUUCAGUUUCAGUCCUACUGAAACUUCUCAUUAAACGCACAAUAUAUAUAAUAUAUAUAUAAAUGUAUACUUGAAGUAAACAUUAUUUCCACGGAGCACGCCAAACACAACCUACUUUCGUGAAAAUCCCGUGAAUCUUUCAGAUCUUUUAGACUUUAGUAUGUUUUAACUUAUUUUGUACAAUAAAAGCCUUGAAUUUUUCUUAGCCUAAAUAUUAUUCCCAAAAAGCAAGACAUUCCUGUGUGCAAACUAUUCCGAGUGCCCUUAUAAAUCUCUCCUGACGUCUGUGUAAACAGUGUACAUUUUCAGAGGCUCUCUCGUGCCAUUUGAAACUCUAAUAUGAAAAAUCAUUUUGUUCCUGCAUGGCAUCAAAUUGAUAUUGGAUGUUUCUCAUCGGAAAUAAUCAAAUCCGGUAUAUUUAGGAGUCUAAUUGUUUAUUUUUCUUAAUAUGAUUUUUACGGCAUUAUUUAUUUGUUUAAAAAAGUAAACGUGUACAUUUUCGUAUAGCACACCUACAAUUUUAAUUAAAAGUAUUCGUUAAGCUUUUAUUCAUCAAAAAAAAAAAAAAUAAUGUUUGAACUCUUGUGCAUUAUUAGCAUGGCUAUAUGCAAAGUUUUAGUCUUUAAUCUUGAGAGUUUUUCAUUUACACCGAGCGGGGGGGCUUUCACGUCACCUUUCAAGGCAGAUAUUUCUUGUUUUAUCCCGUCAUUGUCUUCGGACAAAAAAACAAAAAAAGCCCAGAAGCUCUCCCCAGUACGAGGAGGGUCUUCUUUCUGAAGUCUUCACCAUGAGAAGCUUGAAAAGGUAUUUCAACCGAAGGUCGACAAAGCAGCAGUGGCAGGUUCAUCCAGGGGACACAUUUCAGCCGCAAGGACUGACCCCAACACCCCUGACCCGCCGGACAAGGAGGCAUUUUCUUCUCCCAGGCGCUCCUCGCUUUGGUUUGGAGCGCUUUUCCACCCUUAAAAAGCCAAAGCGUUCAGAACAAGAGCCCGUCACAGUUUUACACGCGUUUUAACAGUAUUUAUGUCAGGCGAAGCCCCCAAAAGGCUCUGAUUUGUGCGUUUGUCUCCUCAUGUCAAUAUGCAAUCUUUUUUGGUUUUAUUUUUGUACAUGCUUUUUACCUUGUAUUGUGCAUUGAGAUGCGAGAAGUAUAUUGCAAAAAUAAAGAUUUCUACUGAUUAUG